CAACACUGGAGACAAGAUGGUUCCAUUUCUACUGCUCCUGCCUCUUCUUUGCCCUGCGGUGGCUAGGCUGGUAAAGGACUUUCAUUUUCUCCUUCCACUAAAACUUAACAGCUAGAGAUACUUCCAAAUAGACCUUUAGUUUACUACUAUUGUGAGGUACCACUGUGAAGUUCACUCUUAACUAGUAUUUUCUGUAUUUUCCUCCAGCCAAUGGAGGACUGGGACUCUGGCAAUGUGACUGCAUCUGUAGGGGAGUCAGGGCAAUGCCUUUGUCAUGUGUUUCUACCUGACACCACCUUCCCUUCCGACCGUGUGGAACACAUGCAACAAGUCACCAAGGAUCUGAUGCUGGAAGUGGGAAUCCAGAUAAAUAAGGUACUGUAUUGCACUGUACUGAACACCAUAUGGUGUGAGCCCCAUGAACAGGAUUACAUUCAUAUUGCAUUUACACACCAGGUUUUAGAGUGAUGUUAAAAGUCGCCUACUCCAGUAAAUGGAACAUGUCUCGUAAACCUCAGAGGAGAUGCAUGUGUAUAUUUAACUGAGACCUCAUUCACAGUAUACCCUACUAGAUAUCUUACACCGGGACUAGUACCUGUGUCUCUCUUGCGACAGUUACAAGGGCAAGCUUGUGAUCUUUUUGGCUGAGCUGAGGAACCUGACUAUGAGAGUUGAGAUUGUGGAGAGUGGCCCUGAUAAGUACAUCUAACUGGAUUUCGAGCUUCUCAGGAUCAAGCUGAGAGAGUUUGAAUUGUUGGUGACACAGCUGAAGGAUUCCCUCAACUCCUCCUCGCCUAUGUUCGACAGCCUGUACACAGAGGUAAAUGGGUGAUAGUUAGACAGAUAUAUCGCAAUGACUAUUCAUGUCUGACAGUGGUAUAAUAAAUAAGUGACAGGCAAUAUGAAGCAGGAGCAAGAGGAAUGUUGCUGUGUGGAACGAAUUACUGAUUUGUCCUUUGUACACAUGCAUCCAUAGAUUUGCAACAUGAGCCUGAUUGUGAACCAGUUGGAGAGCUAUGACAAGAGUAACCUGGAGGUGAUCCGUAUUGAGUUUGGAAAACUGCAGAAGAAGCUGGAGGAGUGUCAGAAGAACCAAGAGGAGGGCAUAAACCCAGAUAUUGGUAAGGAGCCUCUUAUGGUAGCAUUGUUGACAGAUUGUAUCAUUAUAUCAAAAGCAGUAGUUUGUGGAUUUGUUUGUCAUAUAUAUUAUCAAUAGCUAUUUAUAUUUCCCCCCAGGUUCCUGCAACCACAAAGGCAUCACCAGUGUAGCGAAGCCAGUGGUCAGCCAACUCAAUGCAGACUUGAAUGCAGGCUACAGAUUUGGGGGGUGGGGAAAAGACUCAAAACCCAAUUGUGGCUUUGAAUCAGUGUAUUGGUAUGGUGCCUAUAGCAGUGCCUCAGUGCAUAACUUUUAUCUUUACUCCGACUAUCAAAGUCUGGUUUUGAGGAAUUCAUUUAAACGACAUGACUUACCAAAUGGAUGGCAGGGUACCGGCAACAAUUACAUUGUUCAUGGUAACACCCUGUAUUACCAGAAAAACAGCCCAUUCAGCAUGGCUAAACUGAAUUUGACCACAUCCAAAUAUGACUACAGAGUAAUUGAAAAGGCCAAUGCAACAUUCUCAUACAGUUUCUCAGCCAAUCACAACAUGGACUUCUCAGCCGAUGAGAAUGGACUGUGGGUAACAUAUGCCACAGAUGAAUCCAAAGGUAAAAUGGUCAUUGCCAAAGUAAACAAGGUUGAAUUUGGUAUAGAGGAUGUAUGGAGCACCGGUGUGUACAAAUCAUUGGUAGGCAAUGCCUUCAUGGUGUGUGGUGUUCUCUAUGCUACCAGACCAGUCCAUGUUCACACAGAGGAGAUCUUCUGCUCUUAUGACACCAAAACAGAGCAGGAGAACUACCUCAGCAUUCCAUUGGAGAAGUUCCAGGAUGAAUAUAUAAACCUGCACUACAACCCUAUUGAUCAGAAACUCUAUAUGUACAACAAGGGCUACUAUGUGUCCUAUAGUGUCAAGUUUAACAAAGACUAGAUUCCCCCUCUGGUCUAUUGUAUCUUGAUUGAUGCGACUGAUAUUACUUUCUGACAGCAUGGGGCUUUGUUGAACAGAUAGAUAUUCAUUACAUUGUCUGAUGCAUUGACUUGCAUUUGAAAAUCACGUCCCUUGAAUUUCUGAAAUAAAAUCAAACUGAAGC